AAAAAAAAAGAAUAAUACCAAACGUCAAAUUACUCUUCAUUAAUGUCAAGUUAAAAUUCUGCUAAAAGUUAGAAAUGAUUAUAUAAUAAUAUUUAAAAAUAUAAAUAAAAAAAAAAGAAUCAUGUGAGAUAACGAAAUUGAAACUAUGUUCAGUGUCAGAGGUUUCAUCGCGGUAAUGUUGAGAAGCGCUUUCAUUGUUGCUUUCCUCAGCAUCCCGAAUCCUGUCGUCGCUUUCUCGGGCCUCAAGAACUGGUCCAGGAAAGCGUUGUACCACAAGAUCGACCUCUGCACACAGUCCUGCUACAGUGAGAUCAUUCCUGGUCUCUACCUCAGCAAUGCCAGAGCAGCUGCAGACAAGUCUGUGCUCAGAUAUCUUAACAUCACCCAUGUGCUCACGAUUGAGGCUCGUCGGCUGCCGAAAUCCACUUUUGUUGGUUCCAACAUUUGCACGCUCUUCAUUAGGGCCUACGACACUCCUCAAACCAAUCUUCUGUCCUACUUCCCAAUGGCCAAUGCCUUCAUUGACGAAGGACUGCAGAAAGGGAACGUGCUUGUCCACUGCCAUUUCGGAGUUUCCCGGUCUGCCACUAUUGUUAUUGCGUACCUUAUGGAGAAGUAUAAAUUAACUUUCGAACAGGCUUACUCCUACGUCCGGCAGAGAAGAAGGUUCAUAAACCCUAAUCCUGGAUUCGUCAGCCAAUUAAAGGAGUACCAGAGAUUGAAUUAUGACGUUAAUGGUUUCCAUAGGUUUGAAGCUUACAUGAAUGUGAAUGCGAGGAAGCAUAAAUACAAAAUAGUGUCCCUGGCUGCAGUUAUGGUUGGAUUAUUAGUACCCAUUGUUGUCCUGGUUGGUUGAAUCAAUAGAUAUAGUGAAAAUCGUGUAUAAGUAGAAUACAUAUUUUUUUCCAAUCAGAAAAGAAUUUUAUUAUAUUCACUUUUCAGUUAAUAUUUCGGUUAUCGU